AUGGCCAAGUUGAAGAAGCUGCACAUGAGCUCCAAUCUGGAGGAUCUGGAGAAGAUGUCCAUCAUUCCGGAUCUGCGCAGCAAAGGCAUGAAAAUCCUGCUGAACACCGCCCGCAAACUGUACAUGACCGCCGAGGAGUACAGACUGGAUGGCGACGAGGAGCUGGCCUACAUCACCUACAUGAAGUACUUUAACAUGCUGACCGCGAUUCACAAAAAGUCCGAUUACGCCAGCCACAAGUCGACGGUGCGCCAGAUGUUGGGCGACACCGAGUCGAAUCGCCGCAUCAUGGACACGCUGGAGGUGAUUAUGAACUCCCUGCGACAUCGAUAUGAUCAGCAGCGUCAGCCAGUGGAACAAAUUGGCACAGAACUAGUCAGCAAUGGUCGGGUCAGUGUGGAGGCGCCGGCAACACCCUCCACGGAGUACGCCCGACUGGGACUGAUCACCUGCCAGGAGCUAUACCGGCGCAUGCAGGAGAAAUCGGUCCUCGUCAUGGACUGUCGCCCGAGCGCCGACUACGAGAACUCCCACCUCACAUACUACUGUGCAUUCAAUGUGCCCGAGGAGCUGAUUACGCUAGGCAUGUCGGCUGGCAGACUGCAGGCUCGACUCAGCAGCAGCGGAAAGGCCUCGUGGGCAUCGCGCUCCGUGAAGGAUUCGGUGGUUCUUAUGGACUGGAACACCAAGGAUGCCCAACCUGCGGGGAAUACAGCCAUUGCUACGCUGCUAGACAUCCUUAAGAAUUGGGAUCCCGAUGUGACGUACCGCGCCCCCAUUCAGAUCGUCGAGGGCGGUUAUGAGUACUUCAUCAUGAUGUACCCCACCCAUUGCACCAAUCCCAGUGUCCAGGCGCCGCAGCAGAACAACAACGACAUUGACACCAUCGAUGACAUUGAAUAUCCCUCAAUCCACGACAUCACCAUGAAGGAGGACAUUAGUGCGAAGGACUUUAAGCCACGACCGGACAUAAAUCGCGCCAGCAAGCCGACGGCUACGCGUACCUACAACCAGGGGCCCUCACGGCCUCCUUCACAGGCCAAACCAAUAGCCGAGAUCAUGCGUGAUCAGGCCGAGUUUCUGCAAAGGGCCGAGCAGAACGAUGAGCAGCUGGAAAAGGCCUCCAUGAUGUGGAAGCGUCAGGCGGCAGAGGGUGAUGGCUUGAACGCCACCGAAGGUCAGGAGUUGCACUUUAGAAUUCUUCAACUAGAGAGCAAGGCCCAGGAUUACAUAGUUGAAAACAAUCGUCUGCGAGAAGAACUGAGUCGCAUACAGGAGCUGCAGAAAGUUACCCAGCAGCUAUCACAAAAGGAUGUUGAGGCCACGAGGAACAUUGAAUCCAAGAUCCGGGAGCGUCAGCGCUUGGACGAGCAACACGAGCAGGAGCGCCAGGAGCGGGAACGCCUUUUGGCAAUUGCCCGGGAGACGAAAAAGCAUUACAAGUCACCCCGGGAUGAGAGUCCUCCCUCGCCGGGCAGGAACUUGGAGGAUGUGCAGGAUCUCUCCGACAGCCUGGAAUCCCUGCUCCAACUAAACGAGGAUCAGCAACUAGCCCCCAACAAGGUUGAGAGGCCUACAUUCGACAGGGCGAUGAAACCGCAGCCGAGGAGCGUCGAGAGGACAUCGCAACGGGUCCGUGAUUUCUCACCCGUCAUGGGUCAGAAUGUGGGUCGCGGAUUAACGGGCCUGAAAAAUCUAGGCAACACCUGCUACAUGAACAGCAUUCUCCAAUGUCUGAGUAACACGCCUCAGUUGACGGAGUACUGCAUUUCGGACAAAUACAAGAACAACAUAAGCAGGAGCAAUAAGACAAACGGCCAGGUGAUCGAGGAGGUGGCUGCACUCAUCAAGGAGCUUUGGAACGGACAGUACAAGUGCGUGGCCAGUCGAGAUUUGAGGUAUGUUGUGGGUCAGUACCAGAAGAUCUUUCGUGGCGUUGACCAGCAGGACUCGCACGAGUUUCUCACCAUCCUGAUGGACUGGCUGCACUCGGACCUCCAGACUCUCCAUGUGUCCCGUCAGCGCGAGAUGAUCAGUGCGUCGGAGAAGGCUUGGCUCGAGUUUACCAAAGCCAAGGAGAGCAUGAUACUGCAUUUAUUCUAUGGCCAGAUGAAGAGCACCGUCAAGUGUGUGGCCUGUCACAAGGAGUCGGCCACGUAUGAGAGUUUCUCGAAUCUCAGCCUGGAGCUGCCGCCCAACUCGAAUGUGUGCCAGCUGAACCAGUGCAUGGACAUGUACUUUAGUGGGGAGCGCAUACACGGCUGGAACUGUCCAAGUUGUAAAACCAAAAGAGAUGCCAUCAAGAAACUGGAUAUAUCCAAGCUGCCUCCAGUCCUGGUGGUGCACUUAAAGCGUUUCUAUGCUGAUCCCAGCAACUCGGGCGCUUACAUGAAGAAGCAAAACUACCUUCGCUUCCCGCUGGAGAACCUGGAUAUGAAUCCCUACAUUGCACGGGCGGAAUCGCGGGCGGUUACGCCCAAGACCUACCAGCUGUACGCCGUUUCCAAUCACUACGGCACCAUGGAGGGCGGCCACUAUACGGCCUUCUGCAAGAGCGCCAACUACGGAAAGUGGUUCAAGUUCGACGAUCAGAUCGUCUCGGCCCUGGACUCAUCGAACGUCGUUUCCAGCGCUGCCUACAUUCUGUUUUAUACCUGGCUACCGCCCAUGCAGGUGCCGCUGUAGGCGCAUCGCUCGAUUCUCUUUCGGUUUUCCACCUUUUGUUUUAAUUGUGUUUUUGUUCAUCUCUUAUUUUUAUAGUUUCUAAGGUCUAGUCGCCACACCCUUUUAUCAUUUACCAAUUACCGCUUAAAUGUUGCUAUUUAAGAGGAUAA